GCGUUUACGUCCGGGUUGGGGCAUGAAUCGCAACAUUCUUGUUUUUGAAAGUUGAACACGACUGAAAACUAACGAUUUAAUAGGCUACUUUUCCGUUUGUGUUCCAGGUCACACUAGUGAAGCUGCAUAUGUGUCCUGUAAUAAUUAGAUCUAACUAACCAGAAAUUAAAUGUGGCAAGUUGUCUGGUUUAGUCAUACACAAUAAAUAUAACAAAGUAGACCUAGCCUACAAUACAGUACAAUCAUACAUAAUGUAUAGGCCGCACUAUAAACUACUCUACGCUGGGGCAAGAAACCUUACGUUAGAUUAGCAGAAAUUGCACAUGUGAGCUCUAGUGGGCGUGGCACAGAACAGGUGAGUGGCAUGAGGAAAUCUGAAACACAGGAAGCUGAGAAAGUUUUCUUCUCGGUAUAAACGGAAACAAGAUCACUUGGUUUACGGAGUCCGAAGGAAGAGGACGAUGCCAGAGAGGGGGAGACACCACCAGAGGAGUGACUUGUAUGAGUACAACAGCAGGGACAGGGAAUACUCACACAAUGAAGACAACGCUUCAUAUGAUGGCAGAGGCAUCAACCUGAAGCCAAGAGGCAUUGACGAGAGACAUGGACGAGGCUCUGCCGGUGACAGAAGGGCCAAACAAAACAGACAGAUUGACAUGACAACUACGUCUCACAAUGAGUCACCUGUUUACAGAGACCGAGACCAUGAAGUACCCUCAAGACUGUCCAAUGAAGCUGCAGCGUAUCACCCUGGAGGGGAGUAUAAUAAACCACAGCACAGACAAGCUCUUUACAAUCUCAGAUACAUCUUAACCAGCAGAGGUCUCUGCCAACUUCUGGAGCUGUUUGUUAAUCUGCUUCUUGUCAUCUGUGCCGGAGUGCCAUACAGCAACAACGGGGGUUACCGUGACCUGGCAAGUUUAGGGGGACUCUACCAUUAUUACUUUGGUGGAGCCAACGCCUUCAGUGGAGCCGAGGCUGACAGGGUGAAGGAGCUGGACCGGCUGUUCCAACAGCUCUCGCGGCCUCCGUAUGUCUUCACCAUGGCCUGCGGUGGGGCCAUAAUGAUCUACGCCUGUGCCAUGCUUGCCCUGGGGAUUUUCAGGGUCCCUUACCGCUGGCCUCCCAUGCUGCUGGGAGAGUCUCUGCUGAACCUCUUGAUUGGCCUGGGCUACAUCCCAGCGCUGGCCUUCUACUUUAUUAAGCUGCAGGGAACCUACAACGAUCCCAUCUGUAUGGAGAGAGAGAAGUUGUACAAGAGCAAAGGGCACAAGGGCUUUGAGUGCCAGUUCAACGGUGCAGAUAUUGCAGGAGGUCUCUUUGGGGUGGUGGGGGUGUUUGUUUUCAUCUUUGGUGCGGUGUUAGCUGUCAGAGCUUUCAGGUCAGUGCGGGAGCUAAAGAAGCAAACGAGAAAUGAGGUCAACAAUUUGUAAGACUUUUCUCCUGGGGAUAUUUGAACAAAAAGUGUGAUUGAUUACAAAUCCCUGUGACAAGAAAAA